GAUUUUUUAUUUUUUUUCCUCUCAAUUUUCAUUUCGAACUUCCUGAACCAGUGACGUCACUCAUAACGAAUCACGCCUCGAUACGGGCCGAACUUCCUGGAUUCUCGGCACGCCCCGAAUCUUGGCCACAAUACGUCCCAUCACUCGUAAACAUCGGUUUUGUUCUUCUGGAUGAAACCAAAGGGUCUUCAGUGUAAAACGUUGAGCGUGUACAUUUUUCUGUCACAGCAGCAGACUUGAGGGAUCAGCGCUCUGUUGAUACGAAAUCUCGGGUGGCGCUAACGUCAGAUAAAUAGAAUUUUGUUGCAAGACACAAGUGACCAUAAGACGUGAGCAUGUCAAAUGAAGCUGACCACAUCGAGGGCGGAGGAGACAAGGAGUCUGAGGAGGGGGCGCAGGAUCGAGUCCGAACAAAUGCAAGUCCACGCAGAGGAGCAAGUGCUCCACAAGCCAGCCCACCCAGGUUUGUGUCUGUAGAUGAGUUAUUGGAGACAGCAAAAGGAGUCAACAAUAUGGCUUUGGCUCACGAAAUAAUGGUCAACCAGUCUUUUCAAGUGAAACAGUCUGAGCUUCCUGAAGGAAGUUUGGAGCGCAGAGUGAAGGAGAUUGUGCACCAAGCAUUCUGGGAUUUUCUGGAAGCUCAGUUAAAGGAGGAUCCGCCACAAUACAGCCAUGUAAUCCAACAGCUGGCUGAAAUUAAAGAGACGUUGCUAUCUUUCUUGCUGGCGGGCCAUGGUCACAUACGGUCCCGAAUUGAAGAGGUUCUUGACCUGACUCUAAUCCAGCAGCAGGCAGAGAAAAGAGCACUGGACGUUGGCGCUCUAUCCCAUUUCAUUAUUGAGAUGAUGGGAUCGCUUUGUGCUCCCUGCAGGGAUGAGGCCGUCAGUAAACUAAAGGAGAUCACCGAUUUUGUCCCUCUGCUCAAGGCCAUAUUCUCGGUAUUGGACCUGAUGAAGUUGGACAUGGCUAACUUUGCUGUAAACAGCAUCAGGCCUCAUCUAAUGCAGCAGUCAAUUGAGUAUGAGAGGAACAAGUUCCAGGAGUUUCUGGACAGACAGCCCAAUGCUUUAGACUUCACUGAGAAGUGGCUCAAGGACACGUUGAAGGACUUGAGAAGGGCUUCUUCAGUUAUUGCAUCAUCUGAUCCUCCUGCUCUCCUUCCCGCUAAUGUCCAUAAUCAAGCAUAUUUACGACUACUUAAGUGGGAACACCUCUCAGAACCCUUCCCUGAGACAGUGUUGAUGGAUCAGACUCGGUUCCAAGAAAUGCAGCAGAAGACUGAACAAUUAGUUUUGCUUUCAUCUAUAUUACUCAUUGUUUACACUACCACGGGGGAAGCUAUCUCGGGCCUUCCAGGACUCAUGGACAAGCUUAAAAACACUGUCCACGCCAUGCUUGCAGACAUGCACACACCGUCCUUCAGUUUGCAAGAGACCUUAGUGACCACUGGGGAGAAACUGUGUAUGGAGCUAAGUCAAUGUUUAAGCCAGCAUGGCUAUGCUACAUUAUCUACUGACAACAAAAACACUUUAAUGGGGCAAAUCUCAGCCACCAUCGAGCCGGACAACACAGUCCGUCAGCUGAUGGACUCUCGGGUUCAGAGCUACCUGCUGGCCACCCUGGAGUCCAGUCAACACAAGACUCCUCCUCCUCUGCCUGGAGGUCUUACACCCAUCUGCAAAGAGCUAAAAGAACUUGGUGUUCGCUUCAGUUGCCUUGUCAACUUCAAUAAGCUGGUCUUCUCCCCAUUCUACCAAAAGAUUCUCCACAAGUGCUACUCAUCAGGAGGUUGUACCAGCACAGAGACGUAAGCACUAUGAUGAGGACAGUGGUGUUAAGUGGAUUUUCAAGCUAACACUUAAGUUCUACAAAAGGUGCUGAGGAUAAUGAUCAACGGUGUUGGCUGGUAAACAUUCACCUCAUUGCGUAGAAGAAAAUAAUACAUUUCAAACACUAAUACCACUACUUGGGGGAAAAAAAUCUACUUUAUCCUCUGUCCUCCAUAUACCGUAAUUUCUCAUUUAUAAUGCCCAAAAAUAUGCCCCCAAUAAUGCCCCCCCAAAAAAUUUCAAAAAUCAAAGGUGCGCAUUGCACAUAGGUAUAGGGGAAAAUGAAAAAAACGUUCCCAUUUUAUAAAUGUAUGCCGCCAUCUAGAGGUUAGGAAAAAGCGGUACACGUUCAUUUCAAUAUGCCACCGCCACCUGAAGGUUAUGAAAAAGGUGCACUCCAAAAAAAAAAAAGGUUAAUUCCAAUAUGAUGGGUACGUAUUACUGCAUAUGUACAGUU